AGAAGUUUUGCCUCUCUUUCUCUCUCUCCGUCUCUUGGUCCUUAUUCUCUCUUUCUUGCUACUGGAAUCUGCAAUGAGUUCUUUGCUUUCGAAGUUGCCGCAACCUAAACAGAAUUGAAAACAGUACGUAGUACCAUGAGUCAAACAAUGGAGGAAUAUCAGUCUAAUGAGAGUGAAGAUAAAAGAAGUUGGAUUUGGAGUAAGGCGGUAAGUGUUGGGAAGAAAGUUCUGACAGCUGGUGUUGUAGUGUCUUCAGCUCCACUUCUUGUUCCUUCACUUUUUGUCGCCUCGACACUUGCCUUCCUCUCCUCGGUUCCGUUUUGUCUCUUCUUGGCUAAUUAUGCUUGUACACAAAAGGUCAUGAGUACUCUGCUUCCUGAUACUGAAGAAACUGGUGGAGUUGGCAAGGAGGAUGAUGACGAAUCUGGAUUUGAUGAGUAUAGCAAGAUUGGUCACGGUGAAGGCGCGGCUGGAGUUGGUGAGGCUGCACUUUUCAGGGGUAAAGAAGAACCCAUUCCCAUUCAGGUUAAGGAAGAUGAGGAGAUGGCGAAAGAGUCAACGAGCUUGCUAGAGAAAAUUAGGGAUGAGGGUAGAACUGACAAAGAAACCUCUGAGAGAACUUUACAAGAUGAUAAAAAGUCCGGAAAUGCUAAGUCAGAGGAGGUUCAAGAACAGCCUGAAAAGCGGGAAGCGCCUGAGACUAGACGUGAAGGGGAAACUGGGGCUACAAAAAUUGAAACUUCUACGGGCAAGGACGAUGAGGAAAUAUCUUCUAAUGAGCCAAUAGACCAAGCUAGUGGGGCACAAGGAACCGGGGAAGAGAAACGAAAAAACACAACUAAGAAAAAGAAGAAAACCGGGCGUGCAGGUAACCGGUUUCUAAAAUGUCACACAUGGUCAUCUAGUAAGCUGUGUGGGAGAUGUGACCUCUUGGAAUGCUGUUUUGAUAGAGUUGAUUGCGUAGUUAGGCGUGUAAUUACCUGUUCUGCAUUGAGUUUGAUUUCAGAAGCUAGUGUCAAAAUGAGCCGAAUAUGUAUGGUUUUGAAUUUGCAGGUGUAUAGUGAGGAGCAACUAUGGGAGACGAUGGAGACUUUGAGGAAAGUAGUAGGAUACAGUGUUGCAAGGAGUGCCACAUGUGCAGAGGAGUUAAAGGCUCUCUAUGUCUUCACCGGUGUAGUGGAGCCACCUCGCUCAAGCUUAAACCAGGACACUUAUGAUAUUGCACAUCUUACUAUUAGACUUCGCUUCCUCAUGUCUGUUAUCGGAAUAAACUAGUUUGAUGGUGUGUUUUGUGUGCUAGAUUCACGAGAUGUGUUGUGUAGUACUGAAUCUCAACUUUGUAUGUACUUUUGUUGCCACUUUUGGUCCUAGUUUUACUAUUUUGAAUGUUUUAUAGUAUUACAUCAAUGGGAUUACAC